AUGUAUUCAAACGACUACGACGACGGCAGACUUAUGAAUUCCUACAUUAAAUGGAGCAAGAGACAAACGAUCUCGACAGAGAGCGAAGAGGUGAAGGCUGACGAGGAAUUCUGUUGGAAAUGCAGAGGAGAGACCGCAGAUGCGCAGGGGAACACCGCCUCGUUCCCUCACAUUCAAGAUCUCUGUCCCGCGGACAGGAGAAGGAUUGCCCAGCUGGUUAAGCAGUUGAUUAAAUGCACGAAGGAAAUGCGGGACGCUAAGUCUGAGCUUGCGGUGAGCGAGUCGGAGAAGGAAGCCAUGAGAAACCAGUACCAGAAUUCGCUGGACCGUCGGGAAACCGAGAGGAAACAAUUAGAAUUCCAACUAACUCAGUCUCGGUCGGAAACGCAAGAGCUGAAAUCUCGAAUUUCCCAAGUACUGGAGCUGCUGACGCGACAGAUAGCCACGCAGGAGAAGCAAUUUCUCGAACUCACGGAAACUGUGCGAGAUUUGGUAAAGGAGAAGUCCAGGUUGCAGAACGCACUGGUCGAGAAGCAAACGGAAACGGACUUCUUGCAGGGAGAAUUCGAAAGGACGAAGGAUCUACUCCAAACUGAGAGAUUGCAUCGUUACAGAGAUGUUACAAACGUUGAUCGAGCUUGUCAAACCGUGGAACCGGAAGUAACCGCUGUUCCAGAGGAAUUCGACACGGAAUCCAUCUUCUGUCGAUCGCCAAAUGCACGAGUUAAGAGUAAAAUUGACCUGGAAGAGGCAUCCACGGAGGGAACAUUGCUGAGAGAGCUUUUCUUCAGGAAACCGAGCGUCGAGGAAAGCGGAACCUUGGAUAUCAUCCCGGUUCUGUCGGAAAGUGACCAGCAAAUGAAACGUUCCAGCUCUCGUCGUUUUACCUGA